AUGGAACCUUGGAAGACGCGAGGUCACGUGGCCAAUUUAACAGCCUGGAAAGCCGAAAAGGGAAACGAGGACGACAAGGAAGAAAAGGACUUUAUAAGCCGACAGAGACAGAGCAAGCAAGGAAAGGGGCUAGGGAAGAAGAAGGAGAAAAGGAAGAAGGAUAAGCAGAGGCAGCCAAGAAGAGAAGAAGUGGAGUACAGAGAAGGAAAGGUGGGAAAGCAGAUACAGAUGCCUUCAACUUGUGGUAUGGAUGAUGGAAGAAAAGAGACAUCGUCGAGCCUCGUGUCGACAUGA